AUGAGCUUGCACGACCGCCGAAUGGACAUCAACGCGCUCUGCAGCGCCGACGCCGAGAUCGAGAGUCGCGUCGUCGCUGCGGGUCCGUCCCUGCCGCCGCUUGCCCCCAAGCGCUCGCGUCGUCUAUCCAAUAGCGAGCGGGGCAAACUCUAUCGCUCACGCUGGAAGAAUUACGUGCAGACGCUGGAGGAGCAAGUGGAGGAGCUCAAGAAGGAGGUGGACCAACUUAGUCUUCACGGGCGCUCACUACAGCAACAAACUGCAACCAAAUGGCCUCUCACGCGACAGCCCAUUGGCGGGUCGUUCGCCACCGUUGUGAACGAGUACUUUUCACUCUUCAAAUACGGUGUACCAGUGGCCGAACAGGACUUGAUGAACGUGCCACAGGACCAAUUGGUGCUCUCGUCCCGACAGAUUGGUUUCCUGAACGGGCUCAUGCACCCGAAUGUUGUCUUUGGCAGCUCCUACGGGGUACGGGAGCUGCUGGAUCAGUGGCAAAAGUACUCGUUAUAUCAUGCGGGGCUCAAGUACGAAGUCAAGAACCUGCAAAUCAUGGCAGCAGAGCCGAACCCGGUGGUGCUCGCGCCCGCCACGCUUCACGUACGCUUUACGCGGCGCACUAUCGAGAAAAUCUUCCCCCACGUGCUUUGGAAUGAACCACUUGUCCAGCGCCUCAUUGGCAAGCAGCUCGAAUACCCAGUGGGGAACACGUUCUACUUUGGCGAUGACAACAAGAUCCAUCGGUACGACACGUACGUCGACUUUGUAGCUGCCUUCGUUAGCGUGUUGGGUAACGUCGAGGACACGAUGGCUAUGAUGGAGAGCGCGCUCAUCCGACAGGAUGUUGGCGCCCGCAUCGGGAUGUCACUGGAAGGGAUUCUCUAG